GUACUGAAAUAGAUGAUGAAGAAUAUUUUGCGACGCUAGAUAAAAAGUUACCUUUAAUGAUUCUUGAUCAAAAUGAAAAAUGGACUGCAGUUAAACUAAAAACUUUAACACCUCAUCUGAUGUUCUUCGAUGAUACCGAUCAUUGUUCUCAAACUUCUGUCUCAAAAAUCAACAAAAAAUGUAAUGAUUGCAGAAUGCCAAUUGAAAUAUUAGUAUCUUCUCUACAUCAUGAGCCUUCUCAACUAUCUGUCCCAGGCAACACUGAUCUUGAGAUGCUAAGUGACAUGGAUCCCAAUAGUUUGGCUGAUAUCAUUUCAGAUAGUUUCAGAUAAAAAUUUUGGCUGGCUUGUCUUGCACACGAUACAUACAAAUAUAUUAUCUUAUACAUAGCUUUAUUA